GCGCGCAAUGCGGGAAUAGUUGAAAAAGAAACACAAAGCGGUAAACUUCAAAGCGACUGGAGACUAAGUCUCUGCGAAUCUUUUUAAAGCGACUACUUUCUGUUAAAUAAAUUCAUCCAAACUGACGGUGCUAAGUGAAGAAUUAAAUAACCUUAAUAUUUCUGACAACAAGCAUCAGGAAAAGGACAAAAUGCCAGAAGACGUAGCUAUGGCUGAAUCCGAGGAGGUGGAGACUUUCGCCUUCCAGGCAGAAAUUGCCCAGUUGAUGAGCUUGAUCAUCAACACAUUCUACUCCAACAAGGAAAUCUUCCUCCGAGAAUUGAUCUCCAACUCAUCUGAUGCUCUCGACAAAAUUCGAUAUGAAUCGCUCACUGAUCCAUCCAAGCUCGACAGCUGCAAGGAACUGUUCAUUAAAAUCAUUCCCAACAAGAAUGAUCGUACUCUCACCAUCAUUGACAGCGGUAUUGGUAUGACCAAAGCUGAUCUCGUUAACAACUUGGGAACAAUCGCCAAAUCCGGCACAAAGGCCUUCAUGGAAGCUUUGCAAGCUGGUGCAGACAUCUCGAUGAUUGGACAGUUCGGUGUGGGUUUCUACUCGGCCUACCUUGUAGCUGACAAAGUAUCAGUUGUUUCAAAACACAAUGAUGAUGAACAAUAUCUCUGGGAAUCAUCUGCUGGAGGUUCAUUCACUGUUCGACCUGAUACUGGUGAACGGUUAGGACGUGGUACUAAGAUUGUAUUACACAUUAAAGAAGAUCAAACUGAAUUCUUAGAAGAAUCCAAGAUCAAGGAAGUUGUCAAGAAGCAUUCUCAAUUCAUUGGAUACCCAAUUAAAUUGGUCGUUGAAAAAGAGAGAGAUAAGGAAUUAAGUGAAGAUGAAGAAGAAGAGCCCGCUAAAGAUGCUGGUGAAAAUGAAGAUGACAAACCCAAAAUCGAAGAUGUUGGGGAAGAAGAUGAGGAUGAAGACAAGGAGAAGAAAAAGAAGAAGAAGAAGACCAUCAAAGAAAAGUAUACUGAAGAUGAAGAAUUGAACAAAACUAAACCAAUCUGGACCAGAAAUCCUGAUGACAUCACUCAGGAAGAAUAUGGUGAAUUCUACAAGAGCUUGACAAACGAUUGGGAAGAUCAUUUGGCUGUGAAACACUUCUCUGUUGAAGGUCAACUUGAAUUCAGAGCUCUUCUCUUCAUCCCACGUAGAGCUCCAUUCGAUCUCUUUGAAAAUAAGAAGAGAAAGAACAACAUCAAACUCUACGUUCGACGAGUAUUCAUCAUGGACAACUGCGAGGAGAUUAUUCCUGAAUAUUUGAACUUCAUCAAGGGUGUAGUUGACAGCGAAGAUCUUCCAUUAAACAUCUCUCGUGAAAUGCUUCAACAAAACAAGAUUCUUAAAGUCAUCCGUAAGAAUCUUGUGAAAAAAUGCUUAGAGCUCUUUGAAGAAUUAUCUGAAGACAAAGAGAACUACAAGAAAUGUUACGAACAAUUCUCAAAGAACUUGAAAUUGGGUAUCCAUGAAGACAGCACUAACAGGAAGAAGUUAGCAGAACUUUUGAGAUAUCAUACAUCAGCAUCUGGUGAGGAGAUGUGCUCAUUGAAGGACUACGUAGGUAGAAUGAAGGAAAAUCAGAAACACAUCUACUUUAUCACUGGUGAAAGCAAAGAACAAGUAGCCAACAGCUCAUUCGUCGAGAGGGUUAAGAAACGUGGUUUCGAAGUCAUCUACAUGACUGAGCCAAUUGAUGAAUAUGUAGUCCAACAACUCAAAGAAUUUGAUGGCAAACAACUCGUCUCAGUUACAAAAGAAGGUUUAGAACUUCCAGAAACUGAAGAAGAGAAGAAAAAGAGAGAAGAAGACAAAGCCAAGUUUGAAAAUCUCUGCAAAGUUAUGAAAGACAUCUUAGACAAGAAAGUAGAGAAAGUUGUUGUAUCCAACAGGCUGGUUGACUCACCUUGCUGUAUUGUUACAUCUCAGUACGGUUGGACUGCUAACAUGGAAAGAAUCAUGAAAGCUCAGGCCCUCCGAGAUACAUCAACAAUGGGCUACAUGGCAGCUAAGAAACAUCUUGAAAUUAAUCCAGAUCAUCCAAUCAUUGAAAACCUCAGGCAAAAAGCUGAAGCUGACAAACAUGACAAAUCUGUUAAAGACUUAGUCAUGCUUCUAUUCGAGACUUCUCUCAUGUCAUCAGGAUUUGCUUUGGAAGAUCCUCAAGUCCAUGCUCUGAGAAUUUACAGGAUGAUCAAAUUGGGUCUUGGCCUCGACGAUGAAGAUGUGCCAAUGGAAGAAAUCAAAACUGAAGGCGAUGUACCACCACUAGAAGAGGCAAAUGAGGAAGCAUCAAGGAUGGAAGAAGUUGACUAAGAGCCUUCAUCACAUUGUCAGUUAAAAUAAUACCCAAAGACUUAGAACAUUUUUUUAUGAGACUGUUCAAAAAUCAUUUGUGUGUUGAGUACCAAUCUGAUUCGGCAGGAGACGAGAGAGAAUUAUUUAUUUAACAUCAAAUGGUUUUUUUUGUAUAACUUAAUCUGCCGUGACUUCAAUUUAUUAUUAGUUUUCAUUUUUUUAACUUUGAUAAGUAUUAGUUUUUUAAAAUAAUGUCAUGUUUUGAGCAGGGCAUUCUUCACGUUCGUCGAUCCAUCAUUCCAUAUAUCAUUAAUAUAAUUAUCAUGAGAAUGAGUGUACAAAUGCUGUAAAGAUCACGAAUACUCUAGACUAAUAAAUGAAAAUUAAUAUCCACAAA